CAAACCAACGAAAGAGACCCAAAUCCCUGGAAAAACUUGGGAGAUCAAUCAAAACCCAUCUCUCUCUCUUUUUUAAUUGUUACAUGCUUAUGAUCUUUUGCUGAUCUUCCUUAUCUGUCUUUUAUUUUUUUGGCUGUACUGAUUAUGGAUCUUCAACUGGGUCUCUCUCUCCCAAGUAAUCCAAUCAAGGAUCUCGACUUAAACAAGUAUGAGAACGACACAACAGAUGAGGCAACUUUGAUGACUUACAGUCACAGUUGCUGCUUCGGAAAGAACAAACCCCAGAAGCGUAGCUUCUAUGAUGUCCUCACUAUGGUCAACCCCGUGGCUCAAACACUCCCUCUUCUGUCAUGGAAUGAUAAACCAAAUGAGGAGGAUGAUGGUGAUGGUGAUCGUAAUAGCCUCCAGAAGACCUCUCCUUCCACUAUUCACGAUAAUGGAGAGGGAGAUGGUAUUGUGGGGUGGCCACCCAUCAAGCGUUCCAGGAGGAAUCUUCAUCUUCUUCACCACCACCACCAGAAUCAAGCGGGUCAGGUUCAUGGACGACCCAACUCCAUGUACGUGAAAGUGAAGAUGGAAGGAGUUCCCAUAGGAAGAAAAGUUGAUCUUAGCCUUCAUAACUCUUAUCAGACCCUAACCAACACCUUGAUUUCCAUGUUUGGAAAAUAUGAAGGAGACAUGAAUAGAUCAUUAAAUCAAGGUAGUACACGUUACACCCUCGCUUACCAAGACAAAGAUGGGGAUUGGCUACUUGUGGGUGAUACUCCUUGGCAAACUUUCGUGAGCUCAGUACAACGUUUGGAGAUACUGAUGAGGAGGACUGGUGGGUAAUUGACUCGCGUGCCGUGUUGAAAUUUCUAAGUGUUUGUAUGAUGCGUAAGAGAGUCGUUUGGGAAAGACCAUAUGAUUAGUUUCCUUGAAAAAAAUGAAUUAAAGAACCGUUUGCUUUUCAAAA